GCGCCGCUCGCAGCCUGGGAGCACCGGCGAGCGGCAGAGGCCGGCCGGGUGGCGGCCAUGGACCGCUUCGUGUGGACCAGCGGCCUCCUGGAGAUCAACGAGACCCUGGUGAUCCAGCAGCGAGGAGUGCGCGUCUACGACGGCGAGGAGAAGAUAAAAUUUGAUGCUGGGACUCUUCUCCUUAGUACACACCGGCUGAUUUGGAGAGACCAGAAAAACAAUGAGUGCUGCAUGGCCAUUCCCCUGUCGCAGAUUGUAUUCAUCGAGGAGCAGGCUGCUGGAAUUGGGAAGAGUGCCAAAAUCGUGGUUCAUCUGCACCCAGCCCCUCCUAACAAAGAACCCGGCCCAUUCCAGAGCAGUAAGAACUCCUACAUCAAGCUCUCCUUCAAAGAGCAUGGUCAGAUCGAGUUUUACAGGCGUUUAUCAGAGGAGAUGACACACAGAAGAUGGGAGACAGUGCCAGUUUCCCAGUCACUACAGACGAAGAAAGGACCCCAGCCAGGAAGAGUAAGAGCUGUUGGAAUUGUAGGCAUUGAAAGGAAACUUGAAGAAAAAAGGAAAGAAACAGACAAAAACAUUUCUGAGGCCUUUGAAGACCUGAGCAAGCUGAUGAUCAAGGCUAAGGAGAUGGUAGAGUUAUCAAAAUCGAUCGCUAAUAAGAUUAAAGAGAAGCAAGGUGAUGUCACAGAAGACGAGACCAUCAGGUUUAAGUCGUACUUGCUGAGCAUGGGAAUAGCCAACCCAGUCACCAGAGAAACCUAUGGCUCAGGCACACAGUACCACAUGCAGCUGGCCAAGCAGCUGGCCGGGAUAUUGCAGGCUCCCUUGGAGGAGCGUGGGGGAAUAAUGUCACUCACAGAGGUGUACUGUUUAGUGAACCGAGCCCGAGGAAUGGAGUUGCUCUCACCGGAAGACUUAGUAAAUGCAUGCAAGAUGCUGGAAGGCCUGAAACUGCCUGUCAGGCUCCGGGUUUUCGACAGUGGUGUCAUGGUAAUUGAGCUUCAGACUCACAAGGAAGAGGAAAUGGUGGCCUCGGCCUUAGAGACGGUUUCCGAGAGGGGAUCCUUAACAUCAGAAGAGUUUGCCAAGCUUGUGGGAAUGUCUGUCCUUCUGGCUAAAGAAAGGCUGCUUCUUGCGGAGAAGAUGGGCCACCUUUGCCGAGAUGACUCCGUGGAAGGCUUACGGUUUUAUCCAAAUUUAUUUAUGACACAGAACUAAGAAUCCCGUACUUGAAAUAUUUUUUGUCAAUAUGCUUACAUUAUGCCAACAUCUCAUGACACUGAGCUAAGAGAUAAACUCAAAUAAACCAAGAAUUUAUUAGAACUUCACAGUAUAAUGUAAAACUCGUAAUCUCUCCCAAAAUACAGUCUCAGAAACUUACAUUUAAGGCACAUAUAGGAAAAUACAGAUAAAUGAAUAUGCAGUUAAAGUCGUGCUACAGUAGCGAUGAAUGGAACUCCUGGGAUGUAACUUGAAACAUGGUAGAUAUCAGUUUCCUGAGUUCAGGUCCCUGGGGAAGAAGAAGUGAAGUUGCAUGUUUAGCUAGAUCAGGUAAUCAUUUCGCCAUGACUAAACCUCACCAAAUUGUAAAUGUUUUCCUCUGCAUCUAAUGUGCCUGUUCUUGGGGCACGAGUGAAGGAAGUAAAAGCUACAGUGUAGUUUAAGAACCUUUAGUACCGAAAUAAAAAAGUCAACUGCA